CUAGGGAUAACGAAACCAACUAUCCCCGCUGACGAAAGUGCCAACGAAGACAAGUCUGUCCUAUAAAUUAGAUUUGUUUUUUUUGUAUGUUUUUUUUUGUUUUUGUUUUGUUCAAUCCGUCCCCUGACUUAUCGGGUCGGAAACACCCCUGACUUCCCCGUGAGCUAGCUGGGAACGAUAGGCCAGGGUGGCAAAGAGGCGGAUCAUAACAAAUUAAUUUAUAUAAAGCUAGAUUUCCAACGAACCCAACUAACCCACAAACAAUCGAUGUUUAAAAAAAUGAUUAAAUAUCGAUGCAUCGAUGGUGUAUCAUCGAUGUUUUUCCACCUCUACCGAGAACCAAGAAAACGAUGACAGGGAAAAGUUGGUCACACCGUAUGAGUUCAAGUGGAGCGGCAAGAUAUUAUCCCCCAGGCGUCGCUGUGGCACGAUGCGUUUUCUUUGUGAUGUUUGUGGCAAAGGAUUUAUAGCUGAGAACCACCCGAAAAGACAUACCACCAGUCAAAAUAACAAUCAGAUGGCGGAAAUCAGCAAAAGGAAGCCUCUUAGAAGUAAGAACACGUAUCAAAGUCCGUCGCAGAAAAAUAGGACCCUAGAAGACCUCAACAAUGAUCGUCUGGAAAGCAUUUCUCCCAGAAAAAUUCGUAGUACCGCAGAACUUCCAUGUCCGCAAUGCUAUAAAUGUUUUGACUCACAGGACAAGCUCGAAUUUCACAUUGAUAAGAUGUGCCAUAAGUGUCCCCACUGCUCACGCUUUUAUGCAAAUGAACGUAGUCUAGGGAGACAUCAACAAGACAACAUUCCACUGGCAGCCUUUGAGGGCCCGCGAUCAUUAUCGAACAUGAAUGAGCUGAGGGAGCCGCGUGUCAAGCACAGCGACAAUGGCCUGUUUAAGUGCCAAGAAUGCAAUGCAGUAUUCAUCGACAUCCUUUAUCUGCAGAUCCACAGUAAAGAGCACACUAAUGAGCAUAGGCAUCGUAGUCUGUUCAGACAUACCAAGAACGACAUUACAAUGACAGCCUUACAGUGCACGCGUUGCCCGCGUUCAUUCCCUAACAUCCGUGAGGUGAUGAAGCACCGUGUCACGCACAGCGGCGUUGGCUUGUUUAAAUGCCAAGAAUGCAAUGCGGAAUUCAUCGACAUCCUUUAUCUGCAGAUCCACAGUAAAGAGCACACUAAUGAGCAUAGGCAUCGUAGUCUGUUGAGACAUACCAAGAACUACAUUCCAAUGACAGCCUUAGAUUGCACGCGUUGCCCGCGCUCAUUGCCGAACAUCCAUGAGGUGAGGAAGCACCGUGUCAAGCACAGUGACAAUGGCCUGUUUAAAUGCCAAGAAUGCGAUGCGGAAUUCAUCGACAUCCUUUAUCUGCAGAUCCACAGUAAAGAGCACACUGGUGAGCAAGGGCAACUGGAGCGUAGCCGAGGAGCCACACUCCCAAGGGCUAAGAAACAGGACGACUCCGACUCGAAGAAGAGUGUUUUAGAAAUGUUUUCCUGCCAUGACGCUAAUAGUCGCUCAAAGAGUCCAACAAUGAUAAAGAAGAUGAAGCUCACCGACCCCGACCUUGCUAUAUCAAGCGCCACAAAGAAGAGCUGCAUGACCCAAUCCUUGCCAAUAAAACUGGAAAAUACAUGCCAGCAGUGCGGUAAGAAAUUUACCUAUAAAUAUGCCCUGACUAGGCACAUGCUUGUUCACACUGGCGAGCGUCCUUUUGAAUGCACGUAUUGCGAGAAGAAAUAUUCGCGCAAGGUUCAGCUAGAUGAGCACACUACUAUCCACACUGGCGACCGUCCUUUCGAGUGCUUGGUUUGCGAGAAGAAAUUUAUUCGCAAGAUACACCUAGCUGAGCACACUCGUAUUCACACUGGCGAUCGUCCUUACGAGUGCUUGACUUGCGGCAAGACUUUUCCGCGCAAGUAUAUCCUGCUUAAGCACAAUCGUAUCCACACUGGUGAUCACCAUUUCGAUUGCCCGCAAUGCGACAAAAAAUUUAGAGAUAACUACGCACUACAACAACACUUUCGUAAUAUUCACAAUUACGAACGUCGUAACGAGAAAAAUAAUCAAGGGUUCCUCAAGAAGAAGGAAAAAAGCCUUGACGAAAGUUAUAAACUGGAGAUACACGAAAGAAAGGCGUCGAAUAACAACAAUAUGCCUGAACAGCAUUUGGACAUUAAGGAUGAAAUCGCUUGAAGCAUUUUUUCAUUGACAUGACUUUUUUCUUUAACUAAAUAUUUUUUAAACUAACAUUUAACUUAAUAUUUGUGUGUGUUACGCUUUUCUUUUUGAGUACAAACAAGUGGAAGUUGCUUUUUGUUAAAUAUUUUUACACGACAGUUUAAAUUAUAAUAUACGAAUAUGCAAUAUUAAAUAAAUACAUCAGCUUCCUUAUUUAAAUUGA